AUGUCAGAAGCUGUAUACUCAACACCAGAGUGGUAUCUCAAAGCCCAGGAUCAAGACGUGAGCAGUGACAUAGGCCGAUUGACCAUUUAUCAUCUUGGUUUCAAGCAGGCAGCAGAAGAGAAACUAAUAUUCCCACCGAUUGACUUCUCAACGCAGUCUCGAGCUGUACUCGAUGUCGGGACUGCGGACGGUCUCUGGAUGCGUGAUAUACAGUCCUCGAUUCCUAAGCCAGCUCAAGGUGAACAUACCUUCAUCGGCACUGACAUCAAUACUUCUUUCUUCCCAAAUACGACCACAGAUGGCAUUAGCUAUGUAAAGCAAGACAUCAACGAUCCUGCGCCAGAAUCGUGGAGUGGAUCUUUUGAUCUCAUCAACAUGCGUAUGAUUCUCAUCGCCGCUGGUUCCGGCUCAGCUCAACGCGCCGUGGUGAAUGAACACAUCAAACUUCUCAAACCAGGUGGAUGGAUCCAAAUUGGCGACUGCGAUCGUAUCUGCCCAACUCCCGAGACUGAGAACCCGAGGUAUCACGAUAUGUUUGCGUGUAUCAGAGCUGUCUGCCAAGCCUCAGGUUUAGAUCCUCUCGAAGCACCAAAGAUGAAGUCUUGGUUGGUUGAAGCUGGGCUAGAGGACGUACAAGAGAUGACAGCUAUGAGGGCGGUUGGUGAGAGGAACACGGAUGAGGAGUUGGGGAGGUUGGGGGUUGGAGCGGACUUGAUUAUCGCCAAGGGGUUUGCGGCUGGUGCCAAGACCUUGAGCCCCUCUUUGAAGCCGUUGCCGGAUGAAAGGCUGGAUUACCUUGCGCAAGAUCUGGAGACAGAGUUGAAUGGUAUAGGAGCUUACUUUCCCAUGCGCUUUAUUUGGGGCCGAAAACCACUGUAA